AUGUUUGUGAAUGGAUCUUCGUUCGCAUUCUGCAGAAAUCUAAAACUGAUAGUUCAUGAUGAUCAUCCAAUAUUCUGUGUUACAUCACACGAACUAUAUAUCAAGAGUUCUAUGACAGUUGUUUGUGUUUUUGGCCUUCAAGAAGAAAUAUAUGAAGUUAGUGAAGGUAUGAAGAGUUUUGAUGAACUCAGUCUCCAACUUUCUGAAUAUGACUAUUUAUAUAGAAGAGAUCCUGAUACAGAUGAGAUCGUAAUGACUCUUAAUUCAGAAAGAAUUCCUAUUCUAAAACUACCAAAAUCAGUAAUUUCUCUUGAUGAAUCUGCAAUGAGUUAUUCUUUUUACACACCAUUUUCAAUAAAUAAAACAGGAUACAAAAUGAUCAAUCCAACAAAACUCCCAGAGGAAUAUUCUAGAUCAGGAGCAUUAAUGUAUCCAAGGAAUCCUGAAGGAAUAUUUCAAUUAUAUAAAGUUUUUACAACAGAAAUGACACCUGCUUCGUGGGAACAUAAUGUUCCAACAGCUGUGAAAAAUACUGAUAAACUAAUAUUAAAUAGAGAUAGGUUCAAUAGAUAUAGUGUUAUUAAUCGAAAGAAAUAUAUUGAAUAUGAAUAUGUUGAAGUCGACGAAAAAGGAAAAGAAGUUCUAAUUAAUACCACUAGGGUUUUAGCUGAAUAA